UGUGUGAUCAGUGUGUACAUCUGUACUGUGUAUAGUGUGUUGUGUGAUCAUUGUGUACAUCUGUACUGUGUAUAGUGUGUUGUGUGAUCAUUGUGUACAUCUGUACUGUGUAUAGUGUGUUGUGUGAAUCUGGUGUGUGUAUUGUUAAUAAGAAUGGAACUGGUUGAGAAAUACAUUAAGAAAUAUGCCUCUGUCACAUUUAUUACAUGUGCAGAAGAUCCAUUGACACGUCAGUUUUAUAAUGUAAUUAAACAAUGUGAAAAGCACAAUAAUGAACUAAGUAGAAAACUGUUUCAGAAAGACAUAGAAAAAAGAGAGCUAUGUAAUUUACUGAGUAUGUUUCUAAGAAUAAAAGAGAUUGCUGAACAGAAAGAGUUGGAAUGGAAGGCAGAAAGAACUGAUAUCAUAGAACAGCUGGAUAAACUUGGUCAAUCUAUUAUGGCUGUUGCUAGUCACUCUGAAAAGAGAUGUGAGUGUGAUACACUGAGUGAAGAGAUAGACAAACUUACUAAACUGAAUGCUGAGCUACAAGAGAGGCUUAAUGAAUGUGAAGUGAGGUGUGGCAUGGGAGAACAAUUAGUAACAUGUAUGGAACAAAAGGAAAUGCAGAGAGAGAAUGUUAUUGCAUCACUUAAGGCAGAUUUAUGGGAGUCUGAAUCACAGCUUUUAAAUAAGGAACAAUGUAUCUUGUCUCUUAAAGCACAGGGGAUACAAGACAAAUGCAACUGUUACAGGAGUAGUCUAGCACAUGUGUGUCCUUUAGAAGUAGAUGGUAAUGAAAGUCAAACUAUAGAACUAGAUGGACAAACCCCUAACAUUCCUGACAGUUCUUUGUUAACUUUAAACCAGGUCCCCUCUACUCUAACUCCUCAAAAAGAAUGCAGACAAAGUAACCCUCAAUUACAGACUAAAGUAAAUAAUCAUAGUAACUCUGCCCCCCUUACAAUACAAGACCGUAAUAAUUUGUGCCAUAUUUUAGGUCACUUUGAUACCUCCACACCACCUGUAAUCCUUUCUAAUAAGUUAGAAGCUGUUAUUACUCAGUAUAAUUUAGGCAACAGAGAUGCCUGUGCUUUGCUUAGGGCCUGGUUGCCAUCACAAGUAGCUGCACAGCUAAGGGCACCAGUAGGCACCUAUAAAGGAGUGUCUCCUGAUAUUGAUGCAAACUGGGGAAAUUCAGGGGACAGAUUAAAGGAAUUACAGUAUGUUAUGUGUUGUCGUGAUGCCAGAGGUACCAGUGCCAUAGCAAAUGCAAGUUUAAAGGAAGGAGAUGACCCGAUUUUGUUUUGCACCGAGUACCUUGCACUGUAUAAGAUAACUUAUGACUGCCACAACAUGUCCCCAGAUGAUGCAGAUUUUCUGCAUUCUAUGGCAAAUAAAUGCACAUUAAUUGACAGUAGUGCAAGAAUCACUCUUAGAAAUGCCAGCUCCUAUACAAACUUUGUUAAUAUACUUAAAGACUGGUUUAAAGACUCAACGCAUAAGAAUGCUACUCAUAAUAAUAUAUCUAUGCUAACUGAGAGUCAGGGAAAGCAGAGAUUUUUGAGACGUUGUUUUAAAUGUGGAAAGUUUGGGCACAUCAUGAGGGAAUGUGUGACAUCAAUGAGAGAUAUCAGGAAUAAAAAUUACAUUAUGAGGCAGAACAAAAUAUCAUAUUUAAGUAAGGAAGGAAAAUACAGUGCUAUAUUUGAAGGUGAAAAGGAACAGAAUAUAUCUUCUUUAACAAAGAAAGAAAUAAUAGAAGAACCUACUAGGGAGGAAACUUGCAAAGAGCCCCCAUCUAAAAAAGAAGGGACAAAUGUUCCAUUUCAGAUGCCUUACAUAAACUGGCCAUUUUGGGCACUGUUUAAUUAUACACAAUUGGCAAUGCAUCUAUUGAUAUUGAAUUUAGCUCAGCCUGUGUAUAUUGCCAAUUAAUUGCAGAAAUCUGUCUCUAUUCUCUACAUUCUAUUACCAGGUAUUCCAUGUAUAGUGAUGGUAGAUUUUUACUAUAGGCAAGUAGAGAUUUAUUUUGUUUCAUUUAUUUACUUUGUAUUUAUGUCUAUAUUAAUGCUAUGUUUCUUUUUUUAGGGCUAUUACUUGAAGAGAAGUGAACUUUGUACAGUCUACUUCUAGAAAUUAAGAAUUUUGUAAUUGUUUAUUUUUAUUCACAGGUUGUUGCUAUCCAUGAAUAAAAUGUUUAUAGUAUAAAGAAAUGCAUUUCCCCCUUUUUCUUAAAGACCACGUGGUACUUUAUGAUGAGCUCAUCAGUUACAUAAAUGUAAUAUAGUCACAAUGAAUUGUUUGAAAACAAUUGAUCAUAACCAGUUUAUUUUAAAAGUCAUGGUUUCAAGUACUGUUUUAUAUGUCUAUGUUAUUUUGUUUGUGUUAUUAAUGUCAUGAACUAACAAUUCUGAUUACUUACAGAAGCAACCUAUACCAUCACCCAAAGAAGCACAAAUCAUUUACUGUAGAGAAGACUAGAUAUUUUAAAUUGGAUAAUUUAAUGCAAAAUCCAAAUUUAGUUAUUUAAGAACGCUGUUAUAUUUAAAGAGAACAGCAACAUGUUUUGUGUGGCGUACUGUUUUUAUGUUGUGUUUGUUCUGUGUUGUCUCUGUUUUAUAUGUUUAAAAUGAAUUAUUGUUAUUUUUUGUAAUAUGGUUCCUUUUCUAUCAAGGAACCAAACGGGGGAUCCCUUCACUACCAUUUUUGUAUUUUUGAGGACAUUUUUUAUUUUUAAGGACAUUUUUUAUUCACUAACAUUUUUGUAUUUUUAGGCACAUUUUUAUUUUUUCUCUCUUUUUGUUUUUUUUUAUCACAAUAGGUAACAUUUUUUUUAAAUGCUUCCGUAUUAGUUUUUUUUUAUUUUUAAAUCUGUUUUGCCACAAUGGUUUUCAGUAAUUUUUUUUUCAUAAGCCAGUUAUGUUUAAAGAGUAUAACAUUGUCUACUUAUAGGUUUAAGUGCUGACCAGUAGAUUAUAAGACUGUGUGCAUGCCUUGAAGCAGAUAAUGAUACUAUGAUUUAAUGUUAAAAUGACAUUAGUAUACAUGUUUUGCAAAGCUAUAGGCUACGUUUUGUUUAUGACCUCAGAUAGCAAGUAUUUUGUAUUAAUAAAUUAUAAUCUGUCACAUAUGUAUAACAUUCAAAUCUCACAAUGUGCUAGAGAAUAAUUAGCAAAGUUCGAGCACUACUCCUAGUAGUAGUCAUUAAGAUUGUGUGUGAUAUGUAAUAAUUAAUUUGUAUCAUAUGUAUAAUUACUCUAAAUAUGCCGAUGAUUUGAUAUACAUCUCAGAUUAUUGUUAAUUCUAACCGGGAAAAAUAUAUAUUGUAUUUGUAAAAUUGAUCUAAUCAUCAUAUUCAUAAUGUGAUUGUUAGAAUGUGCUACACAUUGUAAGGGGAUUGUAUUUUAGUAUUUAUUUAGAGUAUGGAUGCGAAUGAAUGGUUUUAUUUCAGGUUGCCCCACUCACAGAAGAAACUAUAAAGUGAGCAGUACAACGUUAUGAUCAUAAGUGAUUUAAUGAUCAAAGAGGGGAAUGUUGUAUUUUAUGAACACACCUAACUUUAAUAUCAGACUGUUAUUUCCAUGGACAUUAUUGAAUAAUGAAAUGCUAAGGGACAUUUGUCUAUACAAAGGGUUAAAUGCACACUGACCUACAGUUCCAGUUCAGAGGUGACAAGACAAGUGGAAACCAGUUGGAGAUCUGAUGUAAACAAUAGAUCAGAAGGAUACCACAGGAUUCACUAAGACAUUUUACAACCCUUACAAACAUUUUAGCAUUUCAGCACAGAUGGUGUACAAGGCCCUGAUUUUAUCUCAGUUCCUAUCACCAACAGCAUAAGGACGUCACAUUCUACCCCCCUGAUCUAAUGAUGUCAUCUGGUCUCUGAAGAAUUUAUAGAGUGUGGGCUGGGCUGUGAGAAAGAAUGAAUGACUAUAUAAGUUAGUUGCCAUUGUAGGCUAAGCAAGCUCUCUCUUCUCACUCACCUCUCUCCUUCCAUCUCUCCCUCUCCCCUUUUCCAACUUCCCUUUCCUUCCCUUACAUUAGUUAGCAACAUGUUUCUAUGUAAAUACUUAUUUUCUGUCUAAUAAAAGAAAUAAUUUCAUCAA